CUUAAUUCUCUGUUUCGAAUAUCUAUCACUAAUUACCUAUUCUUAUCCUUCCACUCAUAUUCACUUCCAUUCCAUACUGUCCACGCCACAAUGAGUUCCAUCCGGCGCAUGUCCCCGACGGACUUACUCUCCCUCAACCUCACGAAUCUCGACCCAUUAACGGAGAACUAUGACCUGGGUUUCUACCUCAAUUACCUCAUGCGGUGGCCCUCCCUCUUCAGCAGCGUCCAAGACCGCCGGGAAGGCAUCGUCGGUUACAUCAUGGGAAAGACCGAAGAACAACACCCAUCCAUGCGUCACUCCGAACACUAUACUCCCUGGCACGGCCACAUCACCGUCUUAACAGUGGCGCCAGCAUGGCGUCGGCUUGGCCACGCUCGCCGUCUCACGGAGCGACUCGAGCGUGGAUCUGACAUCAACGACGCCUGGUUUGUUGACUUGUAUGUCCGAGCUGGGAAUAAGAUAGCGGUGGAUAUGUAUAAGGGAAUGGGAUACUCUGUAUUCCGGCGGGUAGUUAAUUACUAUAGCGAUGAUCCGACAGGGAUGUCAGAUUCCGGUGAAGACGCAUUUGAUAUGCGGAAACCAUGCUCUCGAGAUAAGAAUCUACAACAUGUACGGGAGAAUGGCGAGGAUUUCCUUGUUAGUCCGGAAGAUGUUUCAUAGAGUUCCUGGCCUGUUUCGAUGUUUGAUUAGGUGUGCGCAUUUUACAAGCUCGGUAUAUCUUAGCAUUUAGGUGUUUAGGUGUUAUCUUUGACCUUCUCUCUCUUUUGCAGUGCUUCGCAUUCUGCUA